UCAGACGUUUCAUUACGAAUUUUUUUGUCGCGCUCAAAAGUAUUGCUUUAAAAAAUGAACUAUAUUGAAACGGAAAUCAAAUGUUAUCCUAUUUAAAGGAAGUAAAGAAUGUGGAUUAACUCCUUAACCAUUCUACGAGAGAGACGACAUGUUUUUCAAACAAGUCCCGACGCGUUUAUACGCGGGAAGGACCAAUGAAAUCAAUGACUGAAGGCAAAGAAGUCGACAGGACUCGAUAAUGGCUAAUGAGACCGACCUGUAUUGUGUGCCGGGAGCGACAAGUUUCAAUAAAGUGUACAGCCGUCUUCACGGCUACAUCGCCAUCGUAAUAUGCAUAGUCGGCUCUGCGACCAACUCUAUAAACAUCACCGUUUUAAGCCGACGCGAGAUGUCCAGCCCCACCAACUCCAUCCUCACGGGACUAGCCGUGGCAGACCUGUUGGUGAUGCUCGAAUACAUACCGUAUGUGUUGCAUAUGAAUAUCAAAAUCGGGCCGCAAGUGAAUAAAAAUACUUAUACGUGGACCGUUUUUGUUUAUUUUCAUUCCAUAUUCAGUCAGACUUUUCACACGAUAUCCAUCUGGCUGGCCGUUACUCUUGCCGUGUGGCGAUAUAUAGCGAUCGCGUACCCCCACAGGAAUAGAACGUGGUGCAGUAAGCGAAAUACGUCCAUCGCCAUCGUGAGUGCCUAUGUGAUCUGCCCCUUUCUGUGUUUACCUAUUUAUUUCGCAAUGCAUAUAGUGUCGAGUGAAGUGACCGCGCAAAACAAUUCCCAGUUCGCGGAGGAUUUAUCGUUACCGCAAAACCGGACCGUUUACGUGCUAGAAAUGUCUAAGAAUAAAGAACUGGUGAUGGCCAUUAUGUGGAUUUACAGUGUCAUACUAAAGCUCGUUCCCUGUAUAGCGUUAUCGAUACUGAGUACGUGUCUCAUAUCGAAAUUGACGACGACCGACAGAAGGAGACAGAAACUACUGAAGCGCUCGAGCGUAGGGCCCAACGAGGCGGAAAAACAGUGUUUAGCAGAAGAAUCAGGUGCAGGGCGGCGUUCGAAUCGAACAGACAGAACGACUAGAAUGCUGUUGGCGGUCUUAGGGCUGUUUCUCUCAACGGAAGUGCCGCAGGGUUUAUUAGGGCUAGUCAGUGCUUUAGCGCCUGACUUCUUUAAAAGUUGUUAUAGCAUGUUCGGUAAGGGCAUUUUUUACAAAGUUUAUUAAAAUUUAUCAGAAUACAUUCCAAAUAAUAAUUAAUUAAAACUUCUUCAUAUUUAGGAAAAAGUAUUUACUUUCAAGUUACGUAAGAGAA